AUGGCCGCGGACUUGCUGCAAGCUCGCACUGAGAAAACAGAAAACCUCUACGCCGACCCCCACAAUCCACACCUCUACCUUGACCGCGCCCGUCUCUAUGAACAGCUCGGCUUUCCCGAUCUAGCGGCCGCCGAUGCGUAUCGCGCGCUCUCACUGCUCGAAUCUGUCGUUGACCCGGACGGGUGUGAAUUCUCUGCUCGCAAGAAGGUCGAUACCCCUGCCACUGAAGUGACAAAUGCGCCGAAGAACGAGAACGAGAACGAGGGAGAAGAGGACGAGGACGAAGAUGAAGAAGACGACGACAACACAAUCCCAGUAACGCAGGAAGAAUACGACGCCUUGAUUGGCGACGUGUACGCCGUCCUAGUCCGCGGUCUAGUCCGCUGUGGCUGUUACCGCGACGCAUAUGAAUUCGGCGUGCGCGGAAUUGGUCUGUUGGAUGGAUCUUCUCCGGCCACAGCCGAGCUGAACGAGCAAAUGAAGCAAGUGAAGAAAGUCUACCAGACUCGCACGAAAUCAGAGGAAGAGAUCGAACUCACCUCGAUCGACUCGGCCAUUCUUCCCGCGCAGGGCUAUGCGCGCCGCGUGCUCUAUCCCUGGAACGAACACGAGCCCGAUCGCCGUUCGCCGGAGGAAUUGAAAUUCCUCAACGAGCGACUCGCUGAGAUAGCGCCGAAGUGCGAGGUCCGGGCUGUGGCUUUGCCGGCUCUGCAUCGUGAUCAUGAUGAGGAAGAAGUCUCCGUUCAACUUGGUCUAUUUGCAAAGGAAGAUAUCGCCGCGGAUGAAAUUAUUCUUCGCGAGAACUCGCUCCUCACGGCGACGAAUCGCCUCCAUGAUGAUCUUUGCGACGCUUGUAAUUCUCCCCUGCCGGAUCUCUCGGCUGCAGAGCCACCUGUUGGGUGUGAGGGCGGUUGUGCAGAUACCGUGUUCUGCAGUCAGACCUGCCAUGACCUCGCGCAGCGUGUCUACCACGGUGCUAUUUGCGGAUUGGAAGAUGGUCUCGAGUCUAUUGGGAAGGACAUUCCCGAUCCCAAGGAUAAGGCAGAUUGUCUUUAUCUCUUGCUGCUCGGUCGAGCUCUCGCCAUGUCGGCCACGCAGGAUAUCGACGCCCUGGAACUCCCGGAAGUGAAGUAUAUCUGGGGAGAUUUCCACGACUUCGACAUUACGGCCGCGCUCGCUUCACCUUCGCAAAGCGAUGACUCCGUCUCCCUCCCAUUCUCCUUCCAACUCAAUAUCCUCCAGCCGAUGCGCUUCCUCGAGGAAAUGGAGAUCGACCCGUACGCCUCGCUGCCGCGCUACGACACCUGGGUGCUGAACACUUUGUAUGCCAAGUUCCGCGGCACUGCUUCUGGCCGUCUUUCGACUUGGGAUGGUGGGCCGGAACUCUGCGCUGUGCAUCCGCUCUGGUGUUUGGCGAACCAUUCGUGUGAUCCGAAUGUGCGCUGGGAGUGGGGUGGUGAGAUUACGUUCCGCGCGAGACACGAUGAGGAAACGGCUGUGUGGGCGAGGACUGAUGAUGAGGGAAAGAUCGCGGCCAAGCCCCCCCGCGAAGGGAGGUAUUGCGAAGGAUCAGGAGAUUUUGAAUCACUAUUGUGA